AUGAACAUCUGGGACAUGAGGCUUGGCAAACCUGAAGGCGAACUUACUGCUAAAGCGCAGAAAAAGUUCGAUGAUGCCAAUAACCUUUUCGUGGGAUGUAUCAUUAGCAACAUAUCUGACCAUCUGGUCGAUGUCUACAUAGACAUGACAGAUGCGAAGGUGCUGUGGGAUGCUCUGGUUGCAAGGUAUGAUGCAGCAGAUGCUCAUGAGGUGCAGUGCAUUGUAAAGGAUCUUGAGCUCCUCAAGUGUCAAUUACCCGACAAGUUUGUGGCUGGUUGCAUAAUUGCAAUGCUGCCUUCUUCAAGGAGGAACUUCGCCACUUCUCUGAAACAUAGGAGACAUGAGAUAUCAGUUGAAAGUCUGAUAGCGCCCCUUGAUGUUGAGGAGAAAGCUCGGAAGAAGGAUACUGUUGAGAUAGGAGACCAAGAGCGUGCAGACCGCAAGGGCAGAAAGGCAAAUGGGCCCAAGGAUGUCAACAUGGUGACCAUAGGCAACACUGGAGACGGGUACGAUAUGAAUAGCAACUCUAGACUUUCUGCUGAAAUAAAUACUGCACCUGUUGAGUCUUCUGAACAACCAAAUGAGUUUGAGCAUGAGGAUGUCCUAGAGAAGGAUGGCAGUGAAGCUCCUAGAAGGAGCAAGAGACAAAGGGUUACAAAAUCCUUUGGUGAUGAUUUCACUGUGUACCUUGUGGAUGCUACUCCCACGUCCAUUGCUGAGGUAUAUGCAUCUCCAGAUGCAGAUGAUUGGAAAGAAGCUGUCCAAAGUGCGAUGGAUUUGAUUCUUUCUAAUGGAACGUGGGAGUUUACUGAACGACCCUAUGGUUGCAAACCAGUGGGAUGUAAGUGGGUGUUCAAGAAGAAGCUUAGGCUUGAUGGUACUAUUGACAAGUACAAGGCUAGGAUUGUGGCCAAAGGUUACACACAAAAGGAAGGUGCCAGCCGCGGCCUCACCGCGGUCGCGCUGGCCUUCCUCCUCCUCCUCGCCUCGCCGGCCGCCGCGGCGCGCGACACGACCACUGUCGGCAUGGAGCGCACGGAGGCCCAGGCGCGCGCCAUGUACGACUAGUGGCUCGCACGGCAUCGAAAGGCGUACAAGGCCGCCGUCGGCGGCGAGAAGUACGACCGCCGGUUCCGGGCGUUCUGGGACAACCUCAGGUUCGUGGACGUGCACAACGCCGGCGCCGGCACGCGCGGCUACUGCCUCGGGAUGAACCGCUUUGCCGACCUCACCAACGAGGAGUUCCGCGCCGCAUACCUCAGCGCCAGCGCCACGGGCGGCGGCAGGGGACGCGGUGCCGCCGUGACCAUCGGGGAGAGGUACCGCCACGAUGGCGUCGAGGCCCUGCCGGAGUGUGUGGACUGGAGGCAGAAGGGCGCCGUCGCUUACGUCAAGAACCAAGGCUAAUGCGGCAGCUGCUGGGCGUUCUCCGCGGUGGGCGCGGUGGAAGGGAUCAACAAGAUCGUCAUCGGCGACCUCGUGACGCUGUCGGAGCAGGAGCUGGUGGACUGCUCCAAGAACGGGCAAAACAACGGGUGCAACGGCGGGAUGAUGGACGACGCCUUCGCCUUCAUCGCCCGGAACGGCGGCAUCGACACCGACGAGGACUACCCCUACACUGCCCGGGACGGCAGGUGCGACCUCGCCAAGAAGGCCCGCAAGGUCGUCUCCAUCGACGGCUUCGAGGAUGUCCCCAGCAACGACGAGAUGUCCCUGCAGAAGGCCGUCGCGCACCAGCCCGUCAACGUGGCCAUCGAGGCCGGCGGCCGCGAGUUCCAGCUCUACGAAUCGGGCGUGUUCACCGGCAGGUGCGGCACAUCGCUGGACCACGGCGUGGUGGCGGUAGGGUACGUCACCGAUGAGGACGGCAAUGACUACUGGCUCGUGCGCAACUCGUGGGGCGCCGACUGGGGCGAGGCCGGCUACAUCCGGAUGAAGCGCAACGUGACGGCGCGCACCGGCAAGUGCGGCAUCGCCAUGGAGGCGAAGUACCCCGUCAAGGACGGGCCUAACCCGAUCCCCGCGCCGCCGUCCCCCGUGGUGCCGCAGGCCUGCGACCGCAUCUCGCCGUCGCCGUCCUGCUACCCGUCUCUGGCGUUGUCCUCCUCACCGGUCGUCCCCUCCGUCUGCGCCCCGGCCGGCGCCCUCAAACCAAAGCCCUGGGGUCUAGGACUUCGGUGCCGGGCCGCGGAGGAGGCUUCGAUGCCGGCGCGGGGGAAUGCUCCGCUCAAGGUGAUGAUCUCGGGAGCGCCCGCGUCGGGCAAAGGGACGCAAUGCCGCAUGAUCGUCGAGAAGUAUGGUUUAGUUCACAUAUCAACUGGAGAUCUUCUGCGAGCUGAAGUAUCUUCUGGCACAGAAAUUGGCAAAAAAGCAAAGGAAUAUAUGGGCAGUGGAAAGCUUGUACCGGAUCAAGUUGUCACAGAUAUGGUGGUAUCCCGACUAUCACAACCAGAUGUACAAGAAAGAGGGUGGCUUCUUGAUGGCUACCCCAGGAGCUUCAGUCAAGCACAAAGCCUUGAAAGUUUGAAAAUAAGACCAGAUAUAUUCAUUGUGCUGGAAGUUCCUGAUGACAUUCUAAUCAACAGAUGUGUUGGAAGACGGCUGGAUCCUGUGACUGGCAAAAUUUACCAUGUAAAAAACUUCCCCCCGGAGAAUGAGGAGAUUUCUGCCCGACUUAUUACACGUUCUGACGAUACAUUUGAGAAGGUUAAAUCACGUCUUGAUACAUACAAGCAAAAUUCUGAAGCUAUUCUUCCUGCAUACUCAGAUUUUCUUAAUCAGGAGAUAGAUUCCCUAUUACAGAAGAUCUGUGAGAACACUUCAGCAAACAAGUUGAUCAAAGCAAAUGGAAAAUCACCAGCUUCUGUGGAUACAGGUUCAAAAAAUGAGUGGCGUGGAAUUCCAACAAGAUUGAAUAACAUUCCACAUUCCAGGGAAAUUAGGAAAUACUUCUACGAUGAUGUAUUACAAGCUACAAAACGUGCUAUUGAAGAUAAAAAGACUCGGUUGCAGAUAGAUAUCAACAUCCCUGAACUUAACCCUGAAAUGGAUGUUUAUCGCAUAGGAACCCUUAUGGAACUUGUAAGAGAACUUUCUCUAUCCUUUGCUGAUGAUGGAAAACGUGUCAAGGUCUGUGUUCAAGGCUCCAUGGGGCAAGGUGCAUUUGCUGGCAUCCCACUUCAACUGGCAGGAACCAGAAAAAUUUUGGAAUUCAUGGACUGGGGUGACUAUGGGGCGAAGGGUACCUUCAUUAAUAUUGGAGCUGUAGGUGCUAGCGAGGUUGACAAAGAAGAUGAUAUGUUUGUCCUCAUUGCUCCCCAAAAUGCUGUUGGAAACUGCAUAAUUGAUGAUAUGAGAGCUAUGACUGAUGCUGCUGGUGACAGACCUGUGAUUCUUGUAAACCCUCGCCUGAAGGAUAUGCCUGGAUCAAGUGGUGUAAUGCAAACGAUGGGAAGAGACAUGAGGCUAAAGUAUGCUGCAUCAUUUGAGACUUGCUAUUCAUUUCGGCUUCUCUACUAUGCUGGCUCAUUCUAUCCUAUCAUGGGAGCUUUAAGGAUGGCUUAUCCAAAUAAAUAUGAGAUUUAUCGAAGGGUUGAUGAGCCCGAUGGGAAAGAGAAAUAUGCUCUUAUAGCUGAAUUCACAGACAAGCCAACUCCUGAUGACAUUACAAGUGCUUUCAAAGGACGGAAAAAGGACGACGAAAAGGCACCUUCAGGAUUCUGGGGUUUCUUAAGUGGUAUAUUGUGAGGCAAGCGAUCUAUUUAUAGAAUGAUGCUGUCCAUCUUCUUGGUAUUAUUUCCAAGGUCAGAAUGGUAGAAGCAAAUUAAAAAAGUUACUUUUUCCAUGCAUCACCUAUGAAACGCAGUUGGUUUGUAGGUUUAAUAUGUUUUCCCCAUUCAGCCUUAGAGUGAAUGCCUAUUUUCCCUAAUUCACUGCUCCUUAGAUUCUCCACCUAUAUCCGUAUCGAAUUAUUGAUGUAAAGCUUCACGUGCAUAUUGAGGGAUAAAAAGUUCUAGAGAUUUUUUGGUCAGCUUACUAGUACCCUACUUCAGUGGUUGAAUUGCUGGUAUGUAAUUUUACAAUAUGUGGUAUUCGGCAUUUCAAUCAACGAUUUUCAUGUUUGAAAGUUUC